CUCCAACCUCCCUACCUCCUCUCACGCUCACUCAGAGCAGCACUCAAAGCAUGCCUUCGAAGCUCAAGCAGCCCAGCGGCGGCCCCGUGGUUCUCCUCUGGCAUCGCACCGAUCUGCGCCUGCACGAUGCCCCCGCGCUCACCGCCGCAUUGGACCUCAAGCCAACAAUUUUCAUCCCCGUGUGGACCUGGGAUCCUCACUACGUCUACCGCGCCCGUGUUGGGCCCAAUCGCUGGCGAUUCCUGCUCGAAAGCCAGCAGGAUCUCUCCGCCGCCUACACGAAGCUGAACCCGAAGCAAAAGCUCUGGCUUGUCCGCGAGGCACCGCAGACCGUAUUUCCAAAGCUCUGGAAGACAUGGGGCAUAACGCAUCUGGUCUUCGAGAAGGACACGGACGCCUAUGCGCGGGACAGGGAUAAUGAAGUGGUGAAAUUGGCGGAGAAGGCGGGCGUGACAGUGGUGAUACGGAGCGGGAGGACGCUGUUCGAUUCCGACGAGAUCGUCCGGGUCAACGGUCGCAAGCCCACGAUGAGCAUUACCCAGCUGGAGAAGGCGGCCGGGAAGCUCAAUGGAGGUGUUCCAGAUAAACCGCUGGGUGCGCCGUCCAGCGUACCGGAUCCGUGGGAGGAGAGUCGUAUGGAUCUGAGCGAUCUGAGCCAAAACAUCCCUGAGGCAGAGCCUGAUGUGAACUCAGAAUACCGCACCAAAACACAGGAAACACAGUACCAUCAUCUCAUGGGUCCGAAGGGUGAUUUUGCCGUGCCCACGCUGGAACAACUGGGUAUUGACGCGUCGCGAGCCACCGGGCCGCAUCACGGAGGCGAGUCAGUAGCCCUCAAAAUCCUGAGUGACUGCAUCAAAGACGAAGAGUAUGUCGGUUUGUUUGAGAAGCCGAAGACCUCCCCUGCCGCGUUUGAGCCCCAGGCUACCACGUUACUGUCGCCGCACCUGCAUUUCGGAACGCUGUCCGUCAGGAAGUUCUGGUGGGAUGUCGAUGCAGUGCUCAGGAAGCGGAAAGGCCAGAAAAAGCCCGUUGCACAUCUUCCGACCAACCUGCCCGGCCAACUACUUUUCCGAGACAUGUACUUCGCGGCGCAGGCGGCCCUGGGGUAUGCCUAUGCGCAGACCCAAGGCAAUAAGAUCGCCCGCUUCAUCCCCUGGCACCUCCAGUCCAACUACUCGACAGUCCCGCGCGGCGAACAUCUUCUGGAUGGCACCUACACGAUCGAUGACCCCGAAGCGGAGACGUGGUUCCGGCGGUGGAAGCACGGCCGCACGGGCUUUCCCUGGAUCGACGCAUUGAUGCGCCAGCUGAAGCAGGAGGGGUGGAUCCACCAUCUUGGCCGCCACAGUGUUGCGUGCUUUUUGACACGGGGUGGCUGCUAUGUGAGCUGGGAGCGAGGCGCGGAGGUCUUUGAGGAGUGGUUGGUCGAUCAUGAAACUGCUUCCAACGUCGGGAAUUGGAUGUGGCUCUCCUGCACCGCAUUCUUCUCCCAGUACUAUCGCUGCUAUUCUCCGAUCGCGUUCGGCAAGAAAUGGGACCCCGAAGGCCGCUUUGUGCGGCGCUAUUGUCCCGAGCUGGCACAUUUCGAUAAGAAGUACAUCUAUGAGCCGUGGAAGGCGCCCAUCGCCGAUCAGAAGAAAUGGAAAUGCAGAGUCACCGGCGACGGGACGAGCAAUCGCGACGAAGCGACUGGGCUGCAAACCUACCCCAAGCCGAUGUUCAAUUUCGACGAGCGGAGAGACUUCUGCAUCAGUCAGAUCAAGCAUGCAUACGAGAUGAAUCUGUACGGGGAUGAUCCCAAGGUCAUGGACGGUUCGUGGAAAGAGCUGUUUGACUUUCAUGAUGAGGGGGGGAAGGUGGUGGAUGAGAUGACUGGUCAAGAUGCUAAGAGCUUGACCGAUCAACCUCGAAAACGAUCAGAUGGGGAUGGGGAGGUCGAUGGAGAGGAUUCCUACUCCGAUGGGGUUAGAGAUGAGGAACCCAGCCCGAAAAGAAGGAAGAGAUAGACCAAUUCACAUUAGAGAUGGCUCGGUG